AGUGAACUGUAAGGUUCCUUCAGAUGUGCUGCUUCUUCCACUCCUGGAUCCUGCCCUGGAGCAGGUUCAGGUCUUGUCCAAAAAGUGAUGCUGAAGGUGAUGGAGGCCCUGUCAUGUCCUUUAUCUUUCCCCUCACAGCUCCUCAGCUGUUCUCCUUGCUUAAAAAGCCACAUCAAUACUGGGUUUUAAAGGUGGGAUGAAGUGUUUUGUGGAAUUCAGGCACACUUUCUGACUGCCCUCCUCUCAUGAUGCUCAGCAAUCCCUGCUCCAGGUGUUGUGUCAAGACUUGCACAGCUGCUCCAUUGCUUUUUAUUGCAAUUCCCAGUUGUGGAUUUCUUCCUUUUUAUUUUUCUGUUUGCAAAUUCACCUUCUUAACAUCUGUGAAUCUUCAAUUUGUUCCUCACCCACCAGAGCCUUUCACUUCCUGCAGAGAAAGGAGCAAUGCUUGAUUCUCCAACCUUUGACAUCCCCAGACUUUUCAUAGGACUUAACCCCCCCCCCCGCCCCACCAUCCCCUUUCCACUCCCACAGAAGUUUGUUUCACCCUCUUCUUUCUUUGCAAACUGAAAAUGCAUGAGGGGCAGAUUUGGGAAUACAAAGUUUGACCUGUAGAAGGUUUGGAGCAGCAAAUCCCUGAUUUCUGCAGGGAUGGUGUGUUUCAGGGGCAGGUGGGCAGUUCUGGGUGCUGCUCUGCCUCACGAGGUGUAUCCAGGUACAAAACCUCUGGGGUGAGUUCCCAGAGCUGUCACUGCUGUCCCCAAGCCAGUUCUGGGGGUAAAACAAACUAUUCCAGUGAAAUCCAGAGCUGUCACCAUAACUGUGCUCCCUGACAGCCCAAGGUCACUGUCUGCACCUCCCUGAAGGACACUGGUGCAAGAGCAGCUGCAGCCAUGUGAGGGAAGUGUUGGAUCCAUCCCUUCAGCACAGUGCUGAGAAGGAAAAACAGGUAUUAAUUGCUUUAAUUCCUUUUUAAAAUGGACUUUUAGGAGCUGAAGGCUUUUGGGACCAGGUUGGACGGAGCUUGGAGCAACCUGGUCCAGUGGAAGGUUGGGGGAGCAGGGGGACAGAAUGAGAUGAGCUUUGAGGUCCCUUCCAACCCAAAUAUCCUGUGAUUCUAGGAAACCACUUCCAUGGAGCUUUAAAGGGAUUUGGGCUGUUCUGGCAGGGGCUGCAGAGUCCAGGCCUAGUUCUGCUCACCCUGGGAGUGGAGAAGGGUGGAGGGUGAGAAUCUUUCCCAAGCUGGACAUGAGCUUAAUGUAUUGAGCAUAAAUGUAUUGCAAAAAUAUAAUCUGCAGUAACUUCUGGUUCUUCUGGUGGGAUUGGCAGAGGAGGAGAGGGAGAGACAAGGUCUGGUGGGUUAUGGGUUUUUCUCAUUCCAUAUUAAACAAAAUGGUACCAAAUCUGGUUUUGAAGGAGCUCUUGUGGAGAUUCAGCUUUUGUGUUGCUCCACGUAGCCUUAUAGAGUCUGUCUAUCUGGGUCACAAUAAAUACAUAGACAGAAAUCACACAGAUAGUGUGAUAGAAAUCCCAUAUUUUGUGUUACACAGUUUCCUAGGGAAUAAAAAUAUUCUGGCUGCUGUAUUUUGGUCAGUACCAUUGCAGUUCCAGUUUAGCUUUGCCAGGUAUUAACAACAACAACAAAAAUCUAUUUUCCAGCAGUCAUUUUUCAAAAGGAUGUAAGAGGCUGACAGCAAGAGGAAAUUGAGGUCUGUUUGGGAGAGGCAUCAAGGAGGUCCAGUGCCCCUUCUGUCAUGUUUUUGGAAUUGCCUAGUCAGUGUGGAGAGCUGGGAGAGGCAGAUCCAGGGCCCUGAGGCUGUGGCAGAGCUCAGUGAAUGAGGCUCAUGGGAAGGAAGGGACUGGCAUAGGAAAUUCUGUGUUUGUAAUCUGUUGAGGACAGCUGAUACUGUGUUUGGUGAGACAGAAAUGAAUCCAUUCCUCCUCAGUCUAUUGGAGCUCGGAUGGGGACAACAAAUCUUCAUCAGGAACCACAGAUAGGCAGAGUGAGGAAGAGUCAGUUGGAGACACCUGGGUCAUCCCUGUCACACCAGGCCUGGAGCAUCACCCAGGGAGGUAGGGAUGGGGUGGGGCUGAAGAGCCUCAUUCUAUCACGUACAACAGGAGAGGUUUCCAUCCCUUUCCUGGUUUCCAUCCCUCUCCCAUUCAGUUUGUCCAGCCUGGCCCAGGGAAUUCACUUUUCUGGCUUUUACAGUAAAGGUUUCAUGGGUAGUUCUUGGUUUCAAGAUGAGCCACACUCAGAGCAGGUAGAAGAACCUGCAAGGGCUGUAAUAAAUUGGGAUCUGUGCAGCUGAAUAAAAUGUUCCCUGAGGAACAUGGUUUGAGUCUGAAGGGACUCUCAGUGGUGAAGAGGGAGUCAGGCCUGCUACGAGCAGAGUGAAAUGCUCCCAGUUUGGUGCCUGGUAUGAAAUGCUCCCAGUUUGAUGCCUUACAUCACCCUGUGCCUGUGAAGAUGGACAGACCCUUGUGCCAGGCUCCAGAAAUGCCUCAUCACACACCCCAGGAUGUGUUCCCAGCCUGUUCCUGGGAAAUGCCAGGCAGGGAGCCAGACUGGGGACAGACAAAGAAAAGGAACUCCAUGGAGAGAACCUGCUUAGGGCCAAAGUUACAGCAAGAACACCAAUCUGGAAGUGCUGAGCUGCUCCAGCUUCCCACUGAGCUCCUGGAGCCAACCCUGGCCCUGCAUCACACCUUGUGUGGAGCCCUCACAGAGGGGGACAUUUUGCCCGGUUUUUGCUUGACACUGUCCUCGGUUUCCAGGCUAAACCCUCCCCAGGUGUGUUUGUAGGUUGGGAUUCAGCUCAACCCUCCCCAGGUGUGUUUGUAGGUUGGGAUUCAGCUCGUAGGUUGGUUGAAUGUAAAUCAGCUGGAGAGGAUGCGGUGGGCAGAGCUUCCCAUAAAGCUAUUCCUGGACAAGGAAGGCUGGAGGUGGGAGCAGAUCCUGCCAGUGGGAGAGGGGUGCCAGGAGCUGGGGCUGUUUAUUGCUUUGGGGUGCACAGAGGCUCCUGAGGAACCUGGGUGUCACCCCUUGCCCGGAGCCCUCACAAACGGGGCCAUUUUGCCCAGUUUUUGCUCCGCGCUGCGCUCAGUUUCCAGGCUUAAACCCUCCCUGGUGAACUGCUGAUGGCAGAGUUUUCCAGAGAACCUGGCAAGAAGCAGCGUGAACGUGCUGAUGCGAAUUUGGCCGUUAAUCUUCUGUAAAUCGAGCGGCCCGUGUGCGAGGGACAGCCGGGAGAAAUCGGCGUGACGUUUCCAUGGCCCGCUGCGCGCCCGCGCUAUUGAGGUGGGAUCUCAUGGCUGGAAUUCCGUGGACGCAGCUGCUGCAUCAGCGCCCCGGGAAUUCUGCUGCCCUGUUCAGAAGCAACCCCAUAAAUAGCGGGGCCGCCCGCGCCGCCCGGCACAGCGGAACCACACGGAGAGGCACAAUGACCGAGCAGCAAAGUCCCCCUGAGCAGAUGGCGACUGGGGAGGGUGCUGGCGAGCGAGGUGGCACCUACAAGAUCACGAUCUAUGAGCUGGAGAAUUUCCAGGGGAAAAGGUGUGAGCUGACAGAGGAGCUGCCCAACAUCACCGAGAAGGAGAUGGAGAAGGUGGGCUCCAUCCAGGUGGAGUCUGGCCCGUGGCUGGGCUUCGAGCGCCAGGCCUACGCCGGGGAGCAGUUUGUGCUGGAGAAGGGCGACUACCCCCGCUGGGACUCGUGGUCCAACAGCCACAGCAGCGACAGCCUGAUGUCCAUCCGGCCCCUCCAGAUUGACAGCGCUGACCACAAGAUCCACCUGUUUGAGAACGCGGGCUACACCGGGCGCAAGAUGGAGAUCGUGGAUGACGACGUGCCCAGCCUCUGGGCCCACGGCUUCCAGGACCGUGUGGCCAGCGUCAAAGCCCUGAAUGGAACGUGGGUGGGCUAUGAGUACCCUGGGUACCGGGGCCGCCAGCACGUCUUUGAGAAGGGCGAGUACCGUCACUGGAACGAGUGGGACGCCAACCAGCCCCUGAUCCAGUCCGUGCGCCGUGUGCGGGACCAGCAGUGGCACCAGCGGGGCUGCUUCGAGAACAGCUGAGGGACCCCCCCCGCCCCCGCCGGGGCCGCUGGAGGGCUCCCCCCGCUGCUGCCGUGACCGUGGUGUUCUUUGUGCAAAAACCUCAAUAAAGCUCUGAGCUGGA